ACACCUGUGGAUGGGGGGAUUGGAGCACCUGAAUCACAUGAUAUGGAGGACUGGCAAUACUUUUGGCAAUAUAGUGUGUAUGCAGGGGCGGACUGACAACUCAUGGGGCCCCCGGGCAAUAGGGGAUCAUGGGCCCCUGUGUCCUUGCCCAAACUCAAAAAAGCCUAUGAAAAAGGUACCAGGGACAUCUAAUGGGGCCCCCUACUGACCCCGGGCCCUCGGCAGUGCCCGAGUUUCCAAAUGGUCUGUCCGGCCUGUGUGUAUGUGUAUACACACGCACUCACACACACAGCGGC